GACAAACACAGGAACGACAAUACGCUAACGCGAAGCCGGAAGUAGGCGAUACAAGAGCAACUUGUUGACAAGUACUUCAAUAAAGUACAUGUUCGAGUGGAGAAUUUCAACAUGGGAACGACGGCAAGUCAACUUGGGAAGGAUUUGCUCUCAGAAUAUCAAGAACUGACGUUCUUGACAAAACAGGAAAUUCUUCUUGCUCACAAGAGAUUCACUGAACUGCUCUCCAAAGAAGAGAAAGACCUUCCAAACACCAGAGUAUCAAUGGAGAGGAUUCUUUCUCUGCCAGAACUCAAGUCCAAUCCUUUCAGGGAAAGAAUCUGCCAUGUAUUUUCCACAAGUGCACAUCAAGAUGGAAGUCUCACGUUUGAGGACUUUCUGGAUCUUUUAAGUGCAUUCAGCGACUCUGCUACUCUGGAAAUCAAAUCCCACUAUGCAUUCCGUAUAUUUGACUUUGACGAUGAUGGAACCCUCGACUGUGGUGAUCUUGAGAAGCUGGUGAACUGUCUGACCGGGGAGACUGAUGACACAAGGCUUGGUCCAGAGGAAAUGCGACAGCUCAUCAACAAUAUUCUCGAAGAGUCCGACAUCGACAAGGAUGGAACGGUGAACCUCUCAGAGUUCCAGCAUGUCAUUUCAAGAUCACCAGACUUUGUCAGUUCUUUCAAGAUUGUGCUGUGAAGACGAGAAGCUUGAGGAAAUGCAUGACUCCUUUAUCUCAUUAUGGUGUUCGAUUUUCAUUUAGAACUAUUUUCAAUAUACUGUAAAUAAAUUAUAUUUACCUGUGGAUUUUAUCACAUAACAGUUUUUAUGUAGCAUUUUUCAAAUUUCAGUAAUUUUUUUUAAUUAUCUGUGAAGAAAAAAAUAAAAGAAUA